UGCAGAAACUACACACGAGCAACGGUAGUCGUGGUCAUUAAAUUUCGGUUGCCAAGCAAGAUUUUCGACAUUUUUGGUUGGAGAAAAGCAGCGAAACCAUGAGGCUCAAACGAUUUCUACUGAGAUAUUAUCCCCCGGGGAUCAUCCUGGAAUACGUGCAGUCCGAUACACUCAAGACAAAGUCCAUUGACCUCUUAGAUCUGAAGCCAGAGAGCGACGUGGAUGCCAUACUAGAUGAAAUUGUCAGCAAGGAACCCCUGGUCACGCCCAACCGCACGCCCCAGGUCAGGCAGCUUAUACAGAGGCUGCAGGAGAAGAUCGGCCUGAACGACGACCACAAAUUCUACCUCUUCAAGGCCCUGCGAGCGCACAUCCUCCCCCUGACCAACGUUGCCUUCAACAAGUCUGGUUCCAGCUUCAUCACAGGCAGCUAUGACAGGACCUGCAAGGUCUGGGACACGGCCUCGGGGGAGGAACUCCACACGCUGGAAGGGCACAGGAACGUGGUCUAUGCCAUUGCGUUCAACAACCCCUAUGGGGACAAAAUUGCGACGGGCUCCUUUGACAAAACUUGCAAGCUGUGGAGCUCGGACACCGGACAAUGCUACCACACCUUCAGAGGCCACACCUCGGAAAUUGUAUGCCUAGCCUUCAACCCACAGAGCACAAUACUAGCUACAGGCAGCAUGGAUACUACGGCCAAGCUUUGGGACAUAGAGUCUGGUGACGAAAUAUCAACAUUAGCCGGUCAUUCAGCUGAAAUCAUUUCCCUGUCAUUCAAUACGACUGGGGAUAGAAUCAUUACAGGGUCCUUUGACCACACGGUAUCUGUAUGGGACGUCCACUCGGGGAGACGUAUCCACACGCUGAUCGGUCACCGGGGAGAGAUCAGCUCGGCCAUGUUCAACUACGACUGCUCGCUGAUCGUCACCGGCUCCAUGGACAAAUCCUGCAAGAUCUGGGACGCCAGCAGCGGCAAGUGCGUGGGCACGCUGGGAGGCCACGAGGACGAGAUUCUCGACGUCGUCUUUGACUUCACGGGCCAGUACAUAGCCUCUGCGUCGGCUGACAGUACAGCCAGAGUAUACAAUGCCGUCACGCACAAAUGUAUAGCGAAACUGGAGGGACACGAAGGAGAAAUCUCUAAGAUUACGUUCAACCCUCAAGGCAGCAAAAUCCUGACAGCGAGCUCGGACAAGACUGCUAGGCUGUGGGACCCGAUAACUGGAAAGUGCCUACAGACCCUUGAAGGCCACACCGACGAGAUAUUCAGCUGUGCCUUCAACUACGAGGGCAGUAUCAUCAUAACAGGCAGUAAAGACAAUAGCUGUCGCAUUUGGCGGUGAAGUCAACACAGUGACCUUUUUGUCUUGUGUGUCUUGGAGAGCUUACCAAAGUUUGCAGGACAGGUCAGCAAUGCUCCUCUUGGGCUUGAUAGGAGUUAUGUGCAUUUUCAGUAAUGUUGAUUUUUCCACCAAUUUUUUUCCCCAAAGAUGGAGGCGAUAUUCGAAAGGACCAUUUUGUUUUUAAAAAUUCAAAGUAAUACAGUCGUGCUUGCACUGUUUUGUGUGAUUCACAUUUCUUUUAUGUGGCUUUGUUUGUACUAUCAAGAGUAUCUAAAAGCAGUAUUGUAAUAUACAAGUAAAACAUUUAAAAGCAAAACAACUGGUGCUCUUUGUAAUUCUAGUAUAUUCAUGCUGCCUUUAUCAACCCCACUGAAAACAAAAAUUCCGAAUGUGGUCAACAAUGUUGAUGCCUUUACUUGUCCUAUUUUGAAUUCACACACAAUUUUCUAUUACAGCAAUAAUUAAAGCAUUUCUGAUAGAUUUUCGUUCUAGUUUCUUUCAUGAAUCUAAAACG